GUGGUCAAGAUGGUGUAUCAAGGCCAUUGAGGCCAUCAAAAAUCAGUAUAUCUUUUAGAGGAUUUAUUAUUUAUUUUAUUUCUGUAUCUUUGUUUGAUCUAAAAACGUUCUAAAAAUAUUGAAAAUUAAAACCUCUAAAUUAUAGAUAAAUUAUUAGAGACCCAUUCUAGUUCAAAACGGUUUAGUAUUAAUGAGAAAAUUCGUGUUUUUUUAUCACAACUCCAUAGAAAAUUCUUGCAAAACAAUUAUUUUACAAAGCGAUAAUAAAUUGCAAAACAUCGUAUGAUGAAAAAUGAUUAAAAAAAUGACUGAAGCAACUGUACGUGAAAACCUGAAAAGCGUAUGGCAAAGAAUAGAAAAGGCUUCGAAAGAACGCCCAGCUGAGUUUCAAGAUGUUACACCAAGAUUGUUGGCUGUUAGCAAGACAAAACCCGUAGAAGACAUCAUAGAAGUGUAUAAUGCUGGACAAAGACACUUUGGUGAAAAUUAUGUUCAGGAACUGGUAGAUAAAGCUACUAAUCCAGAGAUUCUGGAAAAAUGUAAGGAGAUACGGUGGCAUUUCAUCGGACACCUACAAAAUAACAAAAUCAAUAAGAUACUUCCAUUGCCGAACCUCUAUAUAAUAGAGACUGUGGAUUCUGAAAAACUUGCUUCCAAACUGAAUCAGAGUUGGCCAAACUUUCGUAAUUCUGACUCAAAGUUGAAUGUAAUGAUACAAAUCAACACAAGUGGUGAAGAAGAAAAGAAUGGCAUUAAACCGGAUGAAGUGACUAACUUGGCAGAUUUUGUACUGAAUCAGUGCCCUAAUUUAAGACUGGAUGGACUAAUGACAAUUGGAAUGUUCGGCUAUGACCUGUCAAAUGGUCCCAAUCCGGAUUUCAUUUGUUUAAAAAAAUGUAGAGAUGAAGUUUGUGAAAAAUUCAAGCUGGAUUGGAAAGAUUUGAAUUUGUCUAUGGGCAUGUCGAAUGAUUUUGAACAUGCCAUCGCUAUGGGAAGCACGAACGUUAGGGUUGGAACAACUAUUUUUGGCGUUAGGCAGAAGAAAAAUUGAAAUAUAUGUCUGUCUUUCUGUUUUGUUAUAUUUGGAAGUUUAUUUUAAUAUAAUUUUAAAGUAAA